CGAAGAUUCGUCGUCACCAACAUCCAAGGCUCCCAUUCUUAUCGUAAAGUGUUCAAUGCACACGGGUGGUAUGUAAUGGGGGGAUGCCCGCCCUUAAAGUCUGGCAUCAAUUCCUAGGAGGACAAACACAAACGAUCGCUCUCCUCCAUCACCUCAAAUGUUCGCUGAAAAUGGGGCUCACUAUGCUUCCUGCACCUCUCCUCGCCUUUACGGCGAGCCUUAUCCUCCCUCUGAUUGCGGCAUCAACCUCAGUCUGUCCCCCUUCCGCUGAGGGCUACCAAUUAGACACGCUCAACCCCAUCUACCAAUCCUUCUGCUUCGAUCUAUCACAAUCGCGGUUUUCAGCCAGCCAAGAAAUCUAUGGAGUGCCAGUCAUCUCACUGAACUUGGCGUCAACACAGACUUCAUCCUCGACAUCCACGGGAAAGCCAACUGCCACGAAGCCAAGUGUAGGCAGCACGGCACUUGGGACGAGUGAUUCCGCCAUCAUGCAAGUUAGUGGUGUUUCACUGCUUGGCGUUGCGUUCUUUUUUUGCUUCUUGUAAAUUUGAGAUUGGAACUGGUUGUUAGAUGGCAUUGAAUGGCGUUUUGGGAAGGCGCGAAUGAUUAUGAUACCCCGAAGGAUUUCCAUGUCCUGUUCCAUGUCUUGCAAAGCGUUGGAUAAUUCUUCAGCUCCUGGCUCCAGUGAAUUAGUGAAGAACAGCAUCGUACGAAGAGACAACUAGUUCAAAGGUUUACACUGAAACGUUGAAAUUGGUAAAACGUAAAAAUGCAGAUACACAAAC